GAGGCACUGAAAGAUAAAGUAGUUUGAGAUUUCACAGGUAGGAAGUGGCAGAGCUAGGAUUUGAAUAAAGUAGUUUGAUGCUAGAAUCCAUGUCCUCAACCACAAUGCCUGAAGAUAAUUCUGACCUUGUUAAUCAAGACAAAAGGGGAUCACUAAGCUUUCACUGAAUAAAGUAUGAGUUGUCUGGUGGGCGCAAUUUUUGGGCUCUAAAUUCACAGAGACUGCUGUUAGGUAUGUGGGGGAUGGGAGUUCUUUGUUCUGUGAUGCAGUGAUGACCUCAGGGUAAACUGCCACUAGGCUGAGGAAAAUGGAAUGGCUGCCAGAGGGCCUGCUUGGGGCUGAGGGGGACAUGGGGCUUCUCUGGGGCCAGUUGACCCAUGCCCUGGCCUGCAGACACUGUGGCAGCAGCUGCCUUCUGAGUCCAGGGAACCUGGUAACACUAUUCUUGUUCGUGGUUUGGCAGAUCCAGAGGUGGUGGCAGCUUGGGAGAUGGCGACAGCUUCAGCCCUGGUACUCUGGGGACAAGAUGCAAGGCAAGGGCCUACCACUUCUGUACUGCGUGGCUUUCCUUGAUCGCCUGUGGAAGCAGAAGUCAGGGGAGGAAGAAGAAGAGGAGGUAUCUCUGGAUCCACUGAAGCCAUGUUCUCUUCCCAAAGAAGCUCCUAUUGGAGAACAAGCCACCACAGCCCCAUCCCAGCCAUCCUGUGAUUCUGAGGGCCUCCACAAGUCCAUAGGGACACUAGAGCAAGUACUCACGCAGACCCCAAACCCUUCCAGAUCCUUCCCCACCUUUCAGAUCUUGACCAACCUGCCUGUGAGGCACAAGACAGCAUCAGGGAGCCACCUACAGCAGAGAGAAAGCCAGCUCUUCUGGGGUCUCCCCUCUCUGCACAGUGAGUCCUUGGAGGCCAUCUUCCUGAGCUCAGGUGGCCUCUCUCCCCUGAAGUUGUCUGUCAGUCCUUCUGUCUUCUUUAACAAGUUUGCCUUCCUGCCUAGAACCCCAGUAUUGCUGCUUCCCCAGUAUUGCUCCCCAACCCCACUUCCUACACAUGAAGUCCAUACUACAGAAGAUCUGGAAGGAACGGCCUCUGACCCUCAGCAACUUCCCUCCCCAUCUUCCCCUCCUGUCCCAUCACUUCCCCUCCAACUUAAAUUCUUUCCCAUGGACCAUAAGAGAGUCCUAUAUGGCACUGAGGCAAACACACAGUGGCUUACACAGCAGAGAGAGGUCCCUUGGGUCUCUGAGGAUCAAGCCCUGCACCCACAGCCUAACCUCCAAAGAACCAGGCCCUCCAAACUCUUCCAUUCAUCUGAGGUCUGGUGGAAGGUGCCAUGGGAUCCUGGCCUCCAACAACACAUUCCAGACUCACUCUGUGCCUCCCUAGCAGAAAAUCCUGCUAGCCUUCUGGGAGCCCUAACUAGGUCUGAGGCCCCAUGGAGGACCACGGGGCAAAAUGAGGACCCCAAAACCCCUGAGCCAGCAGUGCCAACUCCCAGCCUAACCCCAACUUCUCUGCCAGAAUGCCAAGGAGCCAGCCCUAUAGGAGGCCUCUCUGGACCUGAAGCCCUCUGGGAAACCACAAGGCGAAGAGAGAAUCCUCAGAUCUCUGAGCCUCCGACCUCAGUCCCUUGCCAAUCUGUAGCCCCCAUGACAGAGCCCCAAGGAACCAGCACCCUGGAAGUUCCACCUGUAUAUGAGACUCAGUGGGGAACCACAGGACAUAAAGAGAGUACUCAAGCCUUUCAGCCCCCAACGCCAGCCCCCUGCCCUCCCCCACAUCCCCUGCCAGAACUCCAGGGAGGCAGUCCCCUGGGAGAUCCAUCUGGAUAUGAGCCCCAGUGGAGAUGCAGAGAAAAUUCAACAAACCUUUGGGCCUUUGAGCCCUCAGCCUUGGACAUCGACCCAGGACUCCAUGGAACCAUGCCUGCAUGUGUCCCAUCAGGAUCUGAGACUCCGUGGAAGGGCACGCAGAGUAGAGAAAAUCUUUGGGUCUCUGCAGACCCAGUUUCAUUUCCCAGCCUUCCCUCAGCGUCUCUGCUGGAGUCCCUAGGAACGGGUGCUCAGGCAGUCUUGUCUGAGUCCAAAGCUUUGUGGGAGGCCAUGAGGCAGACAGACAACCUCUGGACCUCAGAAUCUCCAGGCCCUGGCCACAGCCCAUCUCUAGCUCCUAUUCUAGAACCCCACAGAAUCAAUCCUGUGGGAGGGCUCACUGGGUCAGAAACUGCAUGGAAGGACACUGAUCAUUCCCGGAAUUCCUGGGCUUUUGAAUCGCUAUCUCUGGCCUUCAGCCCACCCGCAGUUCUUGUACUGGAUUCCCUCAGAGUUAGCCCUACGGGGGUCCUGUUUGAUUCUGAAGCUACAUGUGGGGACAUAGAAAGGAGAAAGAACUCCUGGGCCUCUGAGCUCCUGGCUUGCAGCUUACCCCAAGACCCACGUAGAGCCAACCCCUUGGGAGUCAAAUCUGACUCUGAGCCUACUGCGGGGGACAUGGAGCAGAAAGAAACCUGUUGUGUUCCUGUGUCCCCAUUGUGGGGUCCCAGCCCAUGCCCAAACUCUAUGUCAAAGUCUCACACAAGUGAGCCUAUUGGAGACCAAUGCAACUGUAAACCUGAGGGGGAAACAGUGGAGCAGAGAGGGAACUGCUGCACCACUGAACUCCCAGCCCCAACCCCCAGGUCACUCUCUGCUCCUCUACCAGAUCCACACAUUGACCUUGAGUUUGUGUGGAGGAAUGUGCAACAAAGAGGGAUCCCCCAGGACCCCAGCCUUCCAGCAGUGGAUCCCCUACAGCCAAUACCCUGGCCUCCCACCCAAGCUGAAGCUCUGAAGAUUGAGUGCAACCAGCCUGGCCUACCCAAGGGAGAGCUGUUCCCAGGGGCUAAGGCAGAGACUCCAUCCUCCCAGGGUGAGGCUGUCCCAAAGAUGCCCACCCACUCUGGAAUCCAGGCCUGGCACUGGAGUAAAGAGUUGGAACUCAGGCUGAAGAAACUACAGCAGAGCCCUGCUUCCAGAUCUCUUGGCCCAAGUCAAUCAUUUGGCAGCUCCCCUGCCCUGAGCUCCACAACUCAAGCCACCCGGAGACUCUCUUCUUGCCCACCACAGCAGAUUCAUCCCCUCAGUCUGUGCCCCAACUCUUCAAGCUGUCAUCCCCCUAAACCUCAGAGCACAGUAACUCAGCCUGUCCAGGUCCCCCACUGUUAUCACUCCCACUCCUCUAUCCAACCUCAGCUAUGGAAGUCUGGCAGGGCAGAACAAGAGCCUCAGAAAGAGCAAAGAAUGAAUGUGAAGAUGUCAUCCCAGGGGUCAUGUGUUCACUGCCCGGGCCUGGAAGAGCCCUCAUACCCUGAGGUUCCAGCCUCAGGCAAGAGACAGGACAAGGCUUCAGCCCUGUCUUCAGCCAAAAAGAGAGAGCGCCCCAGGAAACCUAAAGGAGACCACGGAGAAGGGGAUGCAAAAUUGGGCUCAACCACAGUUAUAGGGAAAAGCCACCUAGCCCAGGCCAGACUAGCAGAGGUCCCUGUAAGCAGACUUUUGCAAAGAUCUCAGCACAGGGACCAGAGCUCUCGACACACUGCUCCCUCCCUGCAGCCUCACUCCAAGGCUUCAGGUUCCCAAGGUCAGAGAGGGGCAAGGCUGGGAACUGGUGACAUCCUGGCCCCUCGGCACUGUAAGCACUGCCCUUGGGCCCAGAAGCAUCUUUCCUCCCCCACACCUCAGGCUCCCCUUACCAGGGGUCUCCAAAGGAUGUUAGCCAUUCUGGGUACCCAUGGACCCCUGCCCACCAAAUCCAGUCAGCAGAGAAAAGGCUGGUAG